UGCGCUAUCGGUACCCAAAGCCGGACGUGCGCAGUACCAAAAACUCACGUGUACCCGCCCGCGCAACCCAAAGACGCGCGCGAACUCGCGUAGUUCAUCAAAAAAAAAAGAAUCAUCAUCAGACUAAACACACUAAAGGUUUUCUUUAGCCAUGAAAAAUCAUCAUAAGAAAAUUAUUGUUGGAUGUGUUCCUUAAUUUAAAGUUGAUAGUGAACAUAACAAACCGAGUCUGAGAUUGAAUCUAAACAUGUUUACACGAUUUGAUGCCAAUAAAUCGACCAAAGGAGCCAGCAAACUUCGAAGGGACCUGAUAAAUGCGGAAAUAGCUAACCUACGUGAAUUAUUACCUUUGCCACCAUCCACGAGACAGAGACUGUCACAGCUACAACUUAUGGCCUUAGUAUGCGUUUAUGUUAGAAAAGCGAAUUAUUUUCAACAGGCAUUCAAAUGCCACGAUGUCGGAUUGCAUCAGACCUCGACGCCCAAUAUAGGAUUCUCUAAGGCGUUAAAUGGGUUUUUGAUGAUGAUGACACAAAAUGGCAAACUAUUGUAUAUAUCAGAUAAUGCUGCAGAGUACCUGGGUCAUUCCAUGGUGAGUGUUAUAAAGGAGGACUUACUCAUUCAUGGUGAUAGUGUUUACGAUUUAAUAGACAAACAGGAUCACCAAGUGAUACAAUGUGAAUUAGGAAGGCCAGUAGUUAAUGCGGGAGAUAAUAAUAAUACGCAAGAAGAAAAUAGAUUAUUUUUAUGUAGGAUGAACGUUUCUCGGAAUGCUAGACGGCAAAUGAGAUUUGGGGAUCAAAAGGUUGUAUUGGUUCAAGGCCGUUACCAAUCAUUUUUGCCGUUAUGUAGCCGAAACGAGCCAGUAUUUUUAGCGACUUGCACCCCAGUAGCCAUGCCAGAAACCAGAGAAUGCGUCGUCCAAGGAGCAACCAACGUCUUUACCUCGAUACAUUCCAUGGACAUGAGAUUUAUCCACAUAGACAACAAUGGUGAAUUUUACUUGGGGUUUACACGAUCCGAAUUACAAGGCCGCUCGUGGUACCGCCUACUACAUUGGAAUUGCACUAGAGAGGCACAAACCAAACAUAAAUUGAUAACUCAAUCGGAACAAGAACGCUCUUGCAUCCUCCUAGCUCAAAUGCAACGACGCACCGGAGACUGGAUUUGGAUGCACUGCGUCCUUCAAGUAAAAGAAAGCACUGAAACCAACCAAGAGCCUAUCAUAGUCUGCACCAAUCAAGUACUAACAGAAGCAGAAGCCGCCGUUAUGAAAACCAAUAACUGGCUGUACCACUAUUAUUCUGUCCAAAACAAAUUGCACUAUGGACUAGCCUACGAUGGAACACAUCCUUCUUCAAGAUUACUUUACUACCCUGAACCUACUGGUCAGAGUCCAUCAGAAUUUCGAGGCACGCAUGACUUGGCUCCUUACCCUCAUAUAGCGACCACUCCAGUGUCCCUCCAAGCACAACUUACUACACACCAGGUAUCAGCAACAACACAUGCACAUCAUACGCACCACCACCACCACCACCACCGCCACCACCACAGACUAACUGACUCUGAACCAGUAGAUUAUAGCAAUGGAAAACGUAAAGUGAAGCAGCACAAUUUGGAAUUAGAAGUUGAGACAGCAACUGAAACGGAAGCGGAGGGAGGAGGACUUCUAGUGAUCUCUCACUUGUCGGAACGUUCUAGAACGCUUCUGAAAGUAGACCCUCACGAAUUAAUAGAGCAAUGGAAUCCUAGUCCGCCAUGGUCAGAUACUUUACAAAAAGUGCCUGAUUUGUGUCACCAGGAAUUAAGUCCUUAUGUAGCGAGCACUCCCCCAACGCCUACUGAUACUCCGACAACACAUACUCAAGGAGCGUUUUGUUUUGAUUGGAUGCCCGAACAGUACGUACCUUCAAUGACUAGUACUCCUUUGGUUAGCGCUGCUCCUGAAGAAAUAGAACGUCCGCCAUAUUUACAUAUUUCUGAUAGGCAACUGUUUCCAUUACAACCACCACCUAAAAGAAACCAUCCACCUAGGAGACGGUCGAAGUCGACCGAGAGUUCACCUUAGCAUGAGGUUUAGUUAGGUAAAAAAAAUUAUGAAAAAUAGGCCAAAAUUUUAUCUAAUACAAUUUUUAAUUAAAAGUCUAUGUUAUUUUUGUCAGUAAAGGCAGCUUUUGCAUUGAUAUAUUUUUAUGAAAUUCUAUAGGAAACAAUUGUCACCCUUGAAGAAAUUUUAGUUUGUAUGAACUUGAUUUGCAUUGGCCCAUUUUUUACUUUGUUUGACUUUCUAGUAAAAAUACACUUAUAGGUUAAUAUAAUUUUAUAUUUUAAAAAGUGUUUCAACUCUUGUACAAUUUAAAUAUUUAUGACAAUAUCUCAAAAAACAACAAACAUUAUUCUGUAUGCGAGAGAGAGUUCCUAAACAUUCUUGUUUUGUUUUGUUGUUUUAACCGCUCCCCUCCUUGGCCCCUAUAUAGUAUAUUAAGUAUUUAUGAAAAUAUGACCAGUAACUAUGAUGUGAUCUAUAAAUCGGUAAAUAGCAACAUAUAAAUCUGUUUGUUGGAGCAUCCAUAAUGAUAAGUUCCUAAGAAAAGUAUUUAUCAAGAAUAUUUAAUAUUUUUCUCUUAUACAAGAUGGUACAGGGUAAAAAUAUUUUUUAGAUAAAAUAUUUUUUAGAUAAAAUCUGUUUAUAUGACUGUCCCAUUCUGUAUAAUAAAUUGUGAAUCAGUAUUUUGUAAAACUUUAAAAGUAUUUUUUAGACAUGUAAGUGUUUAUUUAGGAGAACCUACUUAUUACAUGUAUUUUUACUUUUACCACUUAUGAAUACAUUACUUACUAUUUAUAUCAAUUUUUAGUAAUGGUAAAAAUAUUUUGUAUAAAUAACAUAUGUAUGUAAUUUAAUAAUAUCAGGGUUUUAUUUU